AUGGUGUCCAGUGAAGCCUGGCGUUUCCAAAAGCAUGCAUGGAUCGCCACGCUCUUCGCCAUCAUCUCGGGCUAUGCGGAUGUGGUGAGCCUGGCGAGAUACCAAGCCUUUGCUAGCAUCCUCACUGGCAACGUGAUUUGGCUGGCGAGGGUCACGGUGCAUCCCGCAUCGAACGACAAGCACAGCGGGUGGUUUUACGCGGCUCUGUGCGGGUCCUUCGCUCUGGGCGCCUUUCUGCAUCGCAUCUGCGAGUUGUAUUGGCCCAACCGCGGGGGCUCCCUGGCAGUGCUGCCCUUCGCCAUGCUCAUGCUGAUGAUGGAGACGGUGUAUCUGAUUGUAGACAGCGACCGCGUCUUCGACGAGCCAUAUCUGCGUUGGAGCGUGGUCCUGGUGUCUCCCAUGUUUGGCGUGAUCUCUGCGGCAUGUAGCACUGGGCGCAUGGGCACCCACACCACCAUGGUCACGGGCCACGUCUUGACGAUCUCCGGCCUUCUAGGCAAUCUAGUCUUUCUCAGACAGCUGCGCGAGCCGGAGAUCCAAAAGCUGAUCAUGAGCACCAUGGUGAUUGCUGGAACCAUAGGUGGUGCUUGCUUGGGCGGUUGGAUGGUGAUGACAGUGAGCUUGCACGUGCUUUUAUUCCCGGUGCCAAUCAUCACCUACGUCCUGCUGUGGUUGCAUGACCACCUCUGUCGCCCGAGAUCUUUGAUCAAGAAGGUACAGAAGCGCAUGCGCGAGAACGCGCGCGACUUGGAGUCGAUGUCCGUGGAGUCGGUCUCAGAUUCGCUGGAAGACGAUGAGAUCUCUUCCGUGGAAGAGGACUCAGAGGUACAGUGCUGACUUCCAGCGACUGAGGCUCAGCGGAUCCGGCGCGAAUCUUUUUGGGAUCAUGGAUCUCUUCCCAGCGGUCCCGGUAUUUUCCAAAGACUUGGGGAGCCAAAAGGCCCCUGUGCCAUGCAUGCAGCUUCUUUUGGACGUCCAGCCGGGCAUUUUGAGGACCUCCGGGAGGUUUUGCCCCAUGUAAAGAGGUUUUGGUCCAGAGCUGGCGCUGGUGGUGAGAGCAUUGAACAGCUCUCUUCGUGACACACAGCCUUGCACAAUGCUAGGAGUGGUGGCAGUUGUUUAGCUUUCACCAAUCAUUGGGAGUGCGCAGGAGCAACAGU